AUGGAGGAGCUGGCCGAGGUUCCUGGCCUGGGCGGCUGCUUGUCGGCGCUCAGCGAGGCGGAGCUCACCCAGGCGAGUGCGCUGGUCAAGGCCGGGCAGGCGGAUAUCUUCGCCGCCUGGCCCCCCGCGGGGCAGGCCGACGAAGAGAAGCGAGCAUUCUUCGAGCAGGCGAGGACCCUUGAUGCUAACUACCCUGGCGGGCUGGCGCAGUACAUCUCCAUUUCCAAUGCCCGGAAGCUGCUCGAUGCCGCGACCAAGGGCGAGAACAGCCUAGACGGCUGGAGCCCCUCGGUGCCCAGCACUGGCGUGGACCUGGCCGUGGGUAGCGAUGCUUGUUGUCUCCUCGAGCGGCGCGGGCUCGAGGAGGUCGCGGCUUGCUGCUUUGUGAUCCCCGCGGGGGGCCUGGGGGAGCGGUUGGGCUUCAACGGGGUCAAGUUCGCGCUGCCCGCGGAGGUGACCAGCGGGUGGUGCGUGCUGGAAGUCUACGCCGCAUACAUCCGCGCCUUCGAGGCGUUGAGCUCAUCGCGGGCUGGUCCGUGCCGGCUGCCCCUCGUCAUCAUGGCGAGCGCGGACACGGCCGAGGGCAUCCGCAGGUUGCUGGCGGAGAAGUCCUAUUUCGGCCUGUCCGAAUCCCAGGUUACCAUCCUUCUGCAGGAGAAGGUGGCUGCCCUCGCCGACAGCUCAGCGCGGCUCGCGAUGGAAACGCUGUACAAGAUCGCCACCAAGCCGCAUGGUCACGGCGACGUCCAUUUCUUGUUGCAUUCGUCUGGGCUGCUGGAGCGCUGGCUGGCAGAAGGCAGGAGGUGGGUUUAUUUUUUUCAAGACACGAACACCCUGUACCUAGGCACUCUGUUGUCGACGCUUGGGGUGUCUGCCACCCAGGAGCUGGAGGUGAAUUCCGUGGCCAUGCCUCGCCGUGCAAAGGAGGCCGUGGGCGCCAUUGCAAAGCUAACGCAUGUGGACGGCAGGUCCAUUGUCGUGAACGUCGAGGCACGGUGGCGGACAACCAGUUGGAGCCUCUGCUCGUCUCCACAGGGCACCAUGAGGGCGACACCAAUGGGGCAAACGGCUUCUCAUCCUACCCGGGGAACCAGAACGGUCUCGUUUUCUCGCUGCCUGAGUAUGUAG